AUGUUAGCACCGCAGAUUUUAAUAUCAAUAGCAUUAUUGUCCGGAGUUACCUGUCGUUUGAUUGGAGCGACAACGAAACCGGAAGACAAAAAGUUAUUUUUAAGCAGGCAUGUGGUUACUGAAACCGAAGAAUUUGAAGGAGGCGUCCUGGUGGACGAACGAGGAAUCAUAGAAGCUGUUCUCAAACAAGAUUCGGUCGAAUUACUGCUCUCUUCAGAAAGAAGCAGAGGCUGGCAGAUAAUAGAUGGUGGACCAUGGGCGUUAAUGGCAGGAGGACUGGAUUCGCACGUGCAUGUCAACGAGCCCGGCAGGACCUCAUGGGAGGGCUACGUUACAGCUACCGAGGCGGCGGCCGCUGGGGGCAUUACCACCAUCAUUGAUAUGCCAUUGAACUCAAUUCCCCCCACGACGACACUUGAAAACUUGAAAAUCAAAGCAAAUAUCGCGAGAGAGGAGGUCUACGUUGAUGUUGGUUUUUGGGGAGGCGUAGUCCCUGGAAAUGAGAAAGAACUGCAAAGUAUGAUAAAGGCUGGAGUGGUUGGCUUCAAAUGUUUCUUGAUCGACAGCGGCGUCUCUGAGUUUCCCUAUGUUACUCCAGAAGCUUUGGACGAGGCUUUAGUGUAUCUCAAUGGGACUGGAACCGUUUUGGCGUUCCACGCAGAAGUACAAGUCGGUGAAACAACCAGCGAUUGCGAAGGCUCCUCAUGUCCAAAUCCAGAUUUAUAUGACACUUAUCUGGCAACCCGUCCUGAAAUAAUGGAGUUGGAAGCAGUCUCAUUAAUCGCGUCUCAACUUGACAAAACUGACGUUCAUGUUCACGUGGUCCAUGUGUCUGCUGAGGGUGUGAUUCCUAUCCUUGAAGCUGCUAGGGAGGAAAGAAUCAAGGCUGGAUAUAAGGGCUGGCGCGGUGGUGUCACCGCUGAGACCUGUAACCACUACCUUACUCUAAGUUCAGAGAUGAUCCCACCAGGUCACUCUGAGUUCAAAUGCGCGCCCCCGAUUAGAAACAUCACAAAUAAGCAAAAAUUGUGGGAAUACAUCCGAGACGAAAGAUUAGAUUUAGUCACCUCUGAUCACUCACCCAGUGUUCCGGAGCUGAAAGGCGCGAAUUACUUAACUGCCUGGGGAGGCAUCUCCUCCGUUCAAUUUGACCUGUCUCUCUUCUGGACGGAAGCGAAGGCCCGAGGUUUCCCACUCAGUGCUGUAACUCGUUAUUUGUCUGCGGGUCCUGCUCGGCUCGUGGGAUUGCAAGAGAGGAAGGGCUCAAUCAGGCCUGGCCUUGAUGGAGACCUUAUUUUCUUUGAUCCAGAUGCUUCAUUCCUCGUCACGCCUGAAAUCAUAAGAUACAAAAACAAGAUAAGCCCAUAUAUGUACAGGGUGUUGAAUGGGAAGGUUAUGCAAACAUACGUCCGUGGACAAUUAGUUUUCUCCGACGACGAGUUGAUUGGAGAACCUAAAGGAAAGCUGUUGUUGAAUGAAUUAUGA